AUGGUGAGCUUUCCAAGAACGAACCACUUCGUGAUCGUGUACGGUGGUGACUUCUUUUCGAAACGGAUGGCUUUUGCCCCGAACUCAAACACGAUUUUCUACAUACUUCCGACUUCUCGCAUUCUGCUGCCCAUACUGUCGGUGCACCCGAUGUCGUACGGAUGCUCAUUUUUCAUGCCCCUGAGCUAUUUGCUACUCACCAUUUGGAUUCUGGUCGCCUGUUACUUCGCCGCGAGCGUCACGCUAUUUUUUGGUCUCGUUACGAACGACGUAAUGUUAUGCGCUGUUUGGAUCUGGUAUGCUGUGGUGUUUGUGGUGCUUAUGUUGAUGCUGAUGAUCCUGCUUGCUUUAGUGUACACCUCCCGGAGACAAAGGAACAGAGUUAUCGUUGUUAUUUUGGGCAUGUUGUGGUAUAUACUAACAGUCUACUUCAUACUCGUUGUGAACAGUCAUCGCAAAGAACUGGUGAAAGCUAACAACUUGGGCGAGAAAAUUAUUGAUAAGUUA